CAUUAUCCAUGUUUGGGACAACGGUUGGUCUGUACGGGAUACCCUGGUGUAAGAAAUCCCUGCUGUUAACUGCCCUGAUGUCGGUUAUUGGAGCUUCCAUGGGAAUUCUAGACACAGGUGGCAAUGUGCUGGUACUUAACACCUGGGGGGCAGAGGCGGGGCCGCACAUGCAGGCCUUGCACUUCAGUUUUGCCGUCGGUGCGUUUGUGGCCCCGAUCCUGGCCAAAAUGGCCUUGGGAGGCUCCGAACCGAAAGACCCUCCGGUAGCUGAAAAGACAAACCAGUCUGUCCCGAGGUCUGUGCCGACAGCAUCAGCUGCCUCAGCGACGUCAGCGCUGAAACACCAUCUUGGUGCAGACUUUUUGUGGUCCUAUGUUGUCAUAGGGACCUAUCUGCUGUUCGUUUCCUUCUUCUUUUUUAUUUUGUAUUCGAAGGGCAGCUCAGCUCGAGACAAAUCGAAGGCUUCUCUGCACAAGUGCGUGCUUGCCAGAUACCACUAUGCUCUUAUUAUUCUCCUGUUCACAUUCUUCUUCUUCUACGUGGGAGCGGAGGUCACGUACGGCUCUUACAUAUUUACUUACGCGAAGGUCUUUGCCGAGAUGAAGGAAAGCGAAGCAGCCGCCUUGAACUCUGUCUUCUGGGGCGCGUUUGCCGCUUGCAGAGGCGUGGCAAUAUUCUGCGCUGCUUGCCUGUACCCUGGCACCAUGAUCCUGCUGAGCAUCGUCGGCUCCGCCGCCUCCUCUUCGUGCUUGGCCUUCUUCGCGCGGCACCAAGCCUCGCUGUGGGCGGGAACCGCCGUGUACGGCGCGUCGAUGGCCACCAUCUUUCCCAGCGGCAUCUCCUGGAUAGAGCAGUACACGGUCGUGCAAGGGAAAUCGGCUUCUCUCUUCGUGAUCGGCGCCGCGCUGGGCGAGAUGUGCAUCCCUGCCGUGGUGGGGUACCUGCAGGGCAGGUUUCACCACGUUCCCGUGAUUAUGUACACUGCCCUGGUGACCUCUGCGAUGACAGUUCUGCUCUUCCCGCUGAUGUACAAACUGGCCAACGCUCCCGGCGAGAGCGACUCGAAAGAAGUGAGUGAGAGCGAGGACCGGAAGGCUUUGUUGUCCAACUCGAGGCUUAAUGAGGAUGAAGAGGACGAAGAGGAUGCGGGAGAGUGGAACGAAGCGGACUUUGAGGUCAUAGAAAUGAAUGACACGCUGAGAAACUCUGUGAUCGAGACCUCCCGUAAGAUACCAGGGGACUCGCCGGCCAAAGCCUCGCUCCAGCACCACCUGGGUGAUGUCUUGCAUGAUUCUCCAGUGGUUGCUGGUGGCUCCCCUGGGAGGAAAAAUGUGAAUGUCGACCGGGAGAAGAACGAUUAA